AUGGAUAUCACCUUUGAAAGUGUUAGGCAAUGGAAAGUUGAUCAAGUUUCUAAUUGGUUACAAGAAAAUAAUUUUAUGGAAUAUCAAAAGCUCUUUGCUGAAAAUGAUAUUAAUGGAGAUGUACUUUUAGAACUUGAUCAUGAAAUUUUAAAAGAAUUAAAAAUAAGGUCUAUUGGUGAUCGACUCAGACUCUUGAAUGCUGUAAGGUCCUUACUGAAAAUUUGUGCCGGAAAUAAUCUACCUUAUCAUUCCAUAAUUAAAUAUGCUAAGGAACCAAAUUCACCUGAAACUGACAAGUUUCCAAUUUCUCUCUCGAGAUCUAAUUCAAAUGCUCGCGCGCGCACAAGAUCAAAUUCUACUAAUCGUGGAUAUUCACCAAAAAUUCCUGUAAUUCCUAUUGAGUGUAUCAAACAGAGUACCAUUAAAGUUUAUGGUGAAGAAGGUCAAACACGAACUAUUUCACUAAAUAAUAUCGUUGACGCAGAGUCGAUUUUAAGACGUAUUUUACAAAAAUUUAAUAUCUAUGAAGACGUUGAAAAUUAUUCAUUAUUUGCCACACUGAGUGAUACUGGUGAAACACGAAGUUUAAUUGAUGAAGAAAUAAUUGAAAUAUGUAAAAGUUCCGAUAGACCAGAACGUGAAAGGCUCAUUUUACGAAAGAAACAUCUUCUAAAAGUGAGUUAUGAUCAUUCAAAAAAACAAAAAAAAGAUUUGGAAAAAUUUUUUGGUGAAAAACCACCAAGUAAUCCACAAGUUGGAGUCUCUAAAAAAAAAUUAAGAGAUUUCUUUGGUCAACGUCCUCCUUCCGAAUUAAUUCAAUUAAAUUUGACGGAAUACUUUCCUGGACAUAAUAGCGAAGAACUUGAACGCAGUGUUGCUAGAAGUUCCAUUUAUAGAAAUUCCAUUUAUAGAAGAGCAUCAAGAGUUUCUUCAGACUCUAAACUUUCAAUACAAAAAUCAAAGCGUACAUCUAAAGUAGAUGAUGAUUAUAAUAGUGUUAGAUCAAAACGUUUAUCUAAAUUAGAAGAUGAUUAUAAUAGUAUUAGAUCAAAACGCACAUCUGAAUUAUCUGAAUUAGACGAUGAUUAUAAUAGUAUUAGAUCAAAACGUAUAUCUAAAUUAGACGAUGAUUAUAACAAUGAUGGAUCAAAACGCACAUCUCAAUUAUCUGAAUUAGACGAUGAUUAUAAUAGUAUUAGAUCAAAACUUCCGAUACAACCAUUCAAGAACAACAGGAGGAAAAUUCCGAUACAACCAUUCAAAGAACAACAAGAGGAAGAUGGUGAUUACUUUCAAGAUUUUGAUUAUGAGGACGAAGAUGAUUUGGUAUCUGAUCCAGAAAUAAUAGAUGUUGAACUUUGUUCAAAGAUUAAGUGGAUAAAAGGCAACUUUAUAGGCAUGGGUUCUUUUGGUAGUGUAUAUCUUGGACUUAAUUCUUUUACUGGAGAAUUAAUGGCUGUUAAGCAAGUGGAAUUACCUACCGAAAAUUCCUCAAAUAAUGAACGUAAAAAAUCAAUGUUGGAUGCUCUACAAAGAGAAAUUACGCUUUUAGAAGAGUUGCAGCAUGAAAAUAUUGUACAAUAUCUCGGUUCACAAUAUGAAGAAGGAACAUUUAAUAUUUUCUUGGAAUAUGUACCUGGCGGAUCAGUAGCCACAAUGCUUAAUAAUUAUGGCCCAUUAGAAGAGCAAUUGAUUCAAUCAUUUGUUAGGCAAAUUUUACAAGGACUAAAUUAUUUGCACGAAAAAGAUAUUAUACAUAGAGAUAUUAAAGGCGCUAAUGUUUUGG